CCCUCAGCUCCAGAGGAACUCAUUUCACUGUCAAGCUCUCUCUUUAACAAGUAAAAUGUUAUGGACUAUAUUUUUACUGCUCAAUGGUCUGCUCGCUCUUGUCAUUCUUUACUCUUCCCGCUCGAGACAGAAAAAUGAACCACCAUUAGACAAAGGCUUCAUUCCUUGGCUGGGUCAUGCCCUGGAGUUUGGAAAAGAUGCUGCAAAGUUCCUAACACGGAUGAAACAAAAACAUGGUGACAUUUUUACGGUACGUGUUUGUGGUCAUUACAUCACUGUACUGCUGGAUCCUAACUCCUAUGACGCGGUCCUCUAUGACACGGUCUCUCUGGACUUCAGUCGCUACGCCCAGGUCCUGAUGCAAAGGAUCUUCAGCCUGAGAAUACCCAAUCACAACCCAGACACAGAGAGGGCCUGGAUGGAACAGCACUUCCAGGGCCCCAGUCUGGCCAGAUUAAGCAGCACCAUGCACCUCCACCUCCAGACAUUGCUACGGGAUGAGGAGAGGAGCUGUAGCCCAGCAGAGUGGAGACAGGAUGGCCUCUUCAGCCUCUGUUACAGCCUGCUCUUCAGGGCUGGGUAUCUCACACUGUUUGGUACAGAGAAAAGCAACAACGUCACUGAACUCGAUAUUGUCUACAAAGAGUUCCGCAAGUUUGAUGGUCUUCUCACAAAAUUGGCACGUUCAACCCUCAAGCAAGAGGAGAAGAGGUCAGCAAGCCUGUCCCAGGAGCGACUGUGGGAGCUGCUGUCCCCAGCAUGGCUGAGCAGAGGAAAGGGGUCAGAGAGCAGUUCCUGGCAGCAGAGUUACCUCAGCCAUCUACAGAGGGAAGGAGUGGACACGGAGAUGCAGAGACGAGCCAUGCUGCUUCAGCUCUGGACCACCCAGGGUAACGCUGGGCCUGCUGCCUUCUGGCUUCUGAGUUUCCUGCUUACGCACCCCGAGGCCAUGAGAGCAGUGAAGAAGGAGAUCAGAGGCCUGCGUCUACAGGAGGACAGCUCUCUACAGCGACACCCUCUGGACACGCUGGAGCACCACAGCACACCUGUGUUUGACAGUGUUCUGAGUGAGACCCUGCGUCUGACCGCUGCUGCCCUCAUCACCAGAGAGGUGGUCGAGGACAAGACCAUUCGUCUGGCCAGUGGACAGGCAUACCACCUCAGACAGGGGGACAGGGUGUGUUUGUUCCCCUUCCUCAGCCCUCAGAUGGACCCCCAGAUACACCAUGAUCCACAGACAUUUCAAUAUGACCGCUUCCUAAACGCAGACGGGACAGAGAAGAAGAAGUUCUAUAAGGGCGGGGAGAGACUGAAGUAUUACACCAUGCCAUGGGGUGCAGGCAACAACAUGUGUGUUGGGAGACACUUUGCAGUCAAUGGCAUCAAACAGUUUGUGUUCAUGGUCCUCUCCCAGCUGGACCUGGAGCUGUGUGACCCAACCGCCAUCGUCCCUCCGGUCAACCCCAGUCGCUAUGGUUUCGGGAUGCUCCAGCCCGAAGGAGACCUGGAGGUCCGCUACAGACUAAAGACUCUGCACUAGGACACAACCCCUAACCUCUGACUCCUGCAUCCUGCACUAGAACUAGGACUUGAUUAGCCUGGUCCCAGAUCUGUUUGUGCUGUAUUGCCAUGUUUGGCAUGUCAAUUACAUUAAAUAAAUUAGGAGUUGGCAAGAAAGCACAACCAAAUCUGGGAUCAGGCUAGGACAUGACUUCAUCCUACAUCCUCCUGACACUGACUGCACUCAAUAAAAAAUCAGUUUCUUGUUUUUAUUUAUAGUUUGUUUUUCAAUAUUGUUUUUACAUUCAGACUUUAUCACUUGUAAUGUAUAUCUCUGAAUAAUAAAUAAUGUGCAUAUGUAUGUAUCUGAAUUAC